AUGAAGCGCGCUGGGGGGACAAUCAGGUCAACGGUGAUACGUCCGCCUUGGCUCACUCCAGUCACGGCCGAGGCACCCAUUUAGCCAGUCGCAUAUGUAUUUCACCAAUGAGGGGAUCUUAACUAUCUACCCGCCAAUCGACCCACCCCUGGUCCCUCCAGUCUAUAUCGACGAGAAGUUAUUAAUCGCUUCCAAUCAGCCAACUGCGGUGACGGGGCUUUCCAAAGAAUAUCAGGCUUCCUCGGUCGACUUUCCGUCGGCUGACUACCGGGAACCCUUGACUCAACCGAGACAUCGCCUGCAUUCUCAUCCAGAACAUCUGCAAGUUCGACAGAGAAACAACUUGCCUCAGUUCAGCCCGCCACCUCAAGUCGUGCUUUUCAAUGAUUUCCAGUUUCCAGGGUACGAGCAGAUGAACCUACACAACACGGCCUCACUGCUCGUUCGAGAUAUUCUUAUGACUGCCGAGACUCGAUUGCGGGUUAAAGCUGCUCAACAACAGGUUCGACCUAUGGAGCAGAGCGGAUCAGACACAGGCGUGCGGUCUGGCUUCCUAGCGGCACCGCAGCAUUACCGUUUGCAACAGCAUGGGUGUGAAGAUUUGCAGCCACAUGUAGCCGGUAUGAGCAACAUGGCGCUCCUUGGCGAGCAGCCGCGCGAACCGAUUCAGCUCGAGCAAAUGGGCAGGCAUUGCAGGUCUCAGUCCGGCCAGCGCAUGCAACCACAGAGUCGUCUUCACUGUGAACUCAAAAGCCCUUUUCAGCAGCAUGACAAGAGUGCCGAGGAUAACAGUUCUCAUGGAAUAUACAAUGCGGCAGAGAGACAGGACUAGGGUUAGACGGGUGCUAUGCUGCUGAAUGUUGGGCCUCUCAUCGGCUUUGAGCCGUUCGGUCGGGUAGUUUUUGGCUUGACAACCCAGCUCAAGGAAUCUGAAGACAAUGAGUCGAAUGAUGAUUGCAAACACAGUGGCUGAGAGGGAUUUCGAUGCGUUUGCAGUGCGCAUACCGCAGGUCUUUACACCGGCUUGCAAACAUCGUGAUAUCACCUGGGCGGGAGGAUGUGGCGAAGACACAAAGGAGUCGUCAGUCAUAAUUAAGUUCUCGUCUAUAUGUCCAUUUAGGCUCCGUGCGCCAUCAGGGUCCUAUCUAGGUAUAUAAUUUUGCAUCUGUGCAUGAGAUGGCGUUGAGGCCGGUAGGUUAUGCCGCACGAUUCAUGUCGUUGAGUCAACCGACGAGUAUAUAGAAAAGAUAUGAACCAUCAUAAGAAGUCACCAUUUUUAUCGGCAAUGCGGUAA